GUCCACGACCUUCAUAUCCAAUCUUCGUAUUUACCAAAGACUUAUCAAAAUGAUGGAAGAAGCCAAGAAAUUAGUGCAAGGCGAAAGCGCUCCCGUGUACAGAACUAGUACAGGAUGUCCAAUUUAUAACCCUCUUGCCAGUGCUCGUAUUGGGGAGGGAGGUCCUGUUUUGUUGCAGGAUUUUCAUUUAAUUGAUCUCUACCAAAAGUUUGACCGUGAGAGGAUUCCGGAACGAGUUGUGCACGCAAAAGGUUCUGGUGCUUUUGGUACUUUCGAAGUAACUAAUGAUAUAACAAAGUAUACGAAAUUGAAUAUGUUCUCUAAGGUCGGAAAAAAGACACCCAUGCUGGCAAGAUUUUCUCAAGUUAGCGGAGAACAAGGUUUUCCCGAUAUGUAUCGUGAUCCUCGUGGAUUCGCCCUCAAGUUUUAUACGGAAGACGGUAUUUUCGAUAUGGUUGGCAACAAUACUCCUACCUUCUUUUUGAGAGAUCCUGCCAAAUUCCCUGUUUUUAUCCAUUCUCAAAAGCGUGAUCCUCAAUCUUCCUUGAGAGAUAACACGGUUUAUUGGGAUUAUUUGUCUCAAAACUCAGAAUCAAUUCAUCAAGUUAUGAUUCUAUUUUCUGACCUCGGUGGAACGCCUUAUGGCUACAGAUUUAUGGAUGGUUUCUCGAGCCAUACAUACAAAUUUGUCAAUGAUAAAGGUGAAUUCUACUACUGUAAGUGGCACUUCCUUAGCGACCAAGGAACGAAGGGAAUGACAAAUGAAGAGGCUACAGAAACGAACGGAACAAACCCAGACUUUGCACGCCAAGACCUUUUUGAUGCAAUUGAGCGUGGUGACUAUCCAAGCUGGACUCUUUACGUUCAAGUUAUGACUCCCGAGGAAGCCGAGAAGUACAGAUAUAACAUCUUUGACCUUACCAAGGUUAUACCUCAUGCAGAUGUUCCCAUGCAAGAGGUAGGCCGCUUCACUUUAAAUCAAAACCCAAAGAAUUUCUUCACCGACAUCGAACAAGCGGCCUUCUCUCCUUCUCAUAUGUUACCGGGUAUGGAUAUUUCGCCGGACCCUGUUUUGCAAGUCCGUACGUUCAGCUAUCCCGACACUCAUCGUCACCGCUUGGGCGCCAACUUUGAACAAAUUCCUGUCAACAAGCCUAGAUGUCCCGUCUUUAACUAUUCUCGUGACGGACCCAUGAACGUAACUGACAACCAAGGCAGUAUGCCCAACUACCCUUCUUCAUUGCAACCCUUGGCCAAGGAGUACCACGAGCCAAACGAGAAGCACGAAAAGUGGGUUGGCCAAGUCACUUAUCACAUGGAUGAGAUUACUGAUGUUGAUUUUGAACAACCCAGAGCUUUCUGGGAAAGAGUUUUAGGAAAGCAACCUGGACAACAAGACAACUUUGUUAAAAAUGUUGCUAGCCAUUUGUCCAAGGCGGUUCCAGUGGUAAGACAACGACAGUAUAAGGUAUUUACAAGAGUUCACCCUGAAUUGGGAUCUCGAAUUCAAGAGGCUACCGAAAAAGAAGCAGAGAAAGUUGCUAAAACGCAAAAUAAGGGCGUGAACCAAGGCAACAAGCACAUGUUUGAGCCAGCCAAUAAGUGAGCAUAAACUCUGAAGGCUUAUGAUUUAAUGAUACUUUACGACUUUUAAUCUUAAUAAACCGAGGUAAUAAACUUUUUUUCGUAUAAUUUAACAUCUUCAUGUGAUUUUUGUCGUGAAAAGU